GUCCACCCGACCACCCGCUCUGUCUACAGAGAAUCUGGGCCCCUUUGAGCCGAUGGGGUGGGAUUGGGAUGGACCUCCAUCACGUGUGGACAGUUGCGAACCCGCCGCACUCCUUCCCCAUUUCCUGCUGCUGUUCAUCCGAGGAGCUAGCAAUUCUAGCUUAAGCCACCAGCUGCUCCUCUCUCUUGGAUCGCGGUGGGAGCUGCAGCAUGGGAACAAAGGAGGCGAAGGCGGCGGCGGAGGCGGCGGCGGCGGCGGCGGCGGUGGAUGCAGGGGAGGCAGCUUCCACCAACCAGCACACCCACAGCCUCAAAGGCUGUUCCAGCAGUGCGGAAAAAGUUUACCCUAUCCACAGUCCACUUAAGAAAAGGAAGUCACAGUAUGAGCUGAUUGAUCCAAGGCUACUAUCACUUAAAUACAAGUUUCGGAACCGAUUAUCUCGGCAGGAGGAUGAGUCUGCAGCAACAGAAAGCUUAGGAUAUGAUGGCAUUUUCAUCAACAACUGUGGCACGGACAUGAUGAGCAUACCUGAAGAAUUGGAGUCUUGUGAGAAUACUCUAAGCCUUUUUGGUGGGUGCAUUGAAGUGGACUCCAAAAAUGGAAUUGAGGGCCAAUCUCUGAGAAAAAUGUUUGAAGCCCAGGCAUCCACAUCCAGUAGCUCAAUUAACAACUUUUCAUCUGACACUUUCAGUUCUUCCCAUAGCAGAGGCACCAGAGAGACUGACAGCUGGGUUAUGCAUGAUGUAGAACAUGAUCAUCCAGGUCUGAUGUUGCAACCACAAUACGGCAACCUAGAAAGGAUAUAUGAUGUACUUGAACAGUACGAUGAUCUAAUGAAGAACGAACUAGCAUGUGGUGAUGUUCAUUGCUCUGCUGCUAAUGUCAUCGACGAGAAGCUUUACUCAAACGGCAUCAAUGAUUUCCAGAUUUUGCCAACAAGCCAGGCUGGCUACCAUGGCGAGAAGAAGCUAACCAUCGAUCAAGAAUUUGAGCAGUAUUUUUCAAGGCUCAUGCUUUAGCAGGGAACGGAUAGUUUAGAGACAAAAAACUUGCUGUUUUUGGAGCCUGGUUUGCUUCCUGCACUUCCGAGGUAUAAGCUACCCUUCAUGAGCAAAUGCAAGUCUUAGCUGCUAUUGGAGCUAGCAGUGUCUUUGUACACAAAAUCUUACCACUGCGAUGUAAAUAUGUGCAUAAGAACAUAUCUGGACUAAAUAGCGUGUUCCUUUUAUUUACGGGUGUUUCUGAAUGGAUCAAUAAGGAAAGCCAUCCCAGAAUUGGGAUCAUCCGGUUGCCGAGACUGCUUGAGCCUGGUAAUCUGGUAUCAGCCAGUUUCAGGAUCAGGGAUGUGGUUCUGGAGGCUGAAAUAGUGAAAUGUGUGAUGCUUUAAGUGCCUGUUUGGUUGCUACA